AUGUGGCUCCUGCUCCUCCUCUGCGUGUCCACAGUCGGCGCUCUUCCUUUAAAUAAUACCUACAAUGCAACUCAUCCAACACCAGGUCGAGUCUCCAUCACGCUUGGGCCGCCACCGAGAGACAACUCGGAAACUUUAGAAGAGCUUCAAGAUGACCUGAUCGUCCAAGAAGGAGACAUUCUGAUGCCGGAGGUCAGGAACGCCGUGCACAGCCUGUGGCUGGACGCCACCGUCCCUUACGUCGUCAGUCGGGACCUGGCUCAUCGAGAGUCAGACAUGGACGAAGCCUUCACAAUGAUCGAAAGGGUCACAUGUAUUCGCUUCAAAAAACACACAAAUGAAUUUAACUACCUGAACAUCAAGGAACGAAAAGGCUGUGCGUCCUUCGUGGGCUGUCAGGGGGGGGCCCAGUCGCUGUACUAUGGUCCGUCGUGUGGCGUGGGGAACCUUUGCCACGAGCUGGUCCACGCACUGGGAUUAUAUCACGAGCACACCCGCCAGGACCGGGACCAGUACGUCAGCGUGCAGUGGCCGAGCAUCAAACCCGGGAGAAAAAAUGACUUCAAGAUGAAACGUGGGGACACUCAGAACCUGCCGUACGACGUGGACUCCAUCAUGCACUACGGACUGUAUUUCUUCAGUCAGGACGGGGGUCCCACUUUGCUGCCCAAGCAGGGGGGGCAGCAGAUGGGUCAGAGGACACAUCUCAGCCAGCUGGACAUCCAGAGAAUCAACUCCCUCUACCACUGUGGUAACAAACUGCUCAUAGUUUGUGUUAUCCUGCUAACAAACCAAUGA